CGGGGGUCCCGGGGUGGGGCGCGCGGCUAGAGCGCGGGGGUGGGGAGGGACCCGAGCCGGGAAAUGGCAGUCCCGGGACGUGGGACCACGGCCCAGGACCAACCCUGGCGGGGAUUACCCCUGACGCCGUCCUGCCCCCGGAGGAGGCAGAGUCCGCCGAGGAGAUGCGCGUGCGCGUGCGCUCCGGGCCGCCCCUCCGGGCUGGGCGGGGGCCUCCCGCUCCACCCCAACUUUCUGCGCUGGAUCUUCGUUUCGUUUCCUAAAGGCCCGAUGGCCGUUCCGGAGAGACGACCCCCGAGACCAGGCCCGGAGGCCCCCACCCCCGGCCAGCCCUCCAACACGGGCCGAGAUGCGGGUGGCCGGCGGGCUUGCUGACCACACCAGCGACUGGGGGGGCCGGGACCUGUGGAUCGCCGGCGCCGGCCCCGUGCUGCGGCCGUGAGUGGGGGCGCACGGCAGGGCCCCGAGCUGCCUUCCCUCCUUGCAGGCCCCGGCGGCCCCGCAGCCAUGCAGACCUGCGGGGCGGCGCCCGAGACCCCCGACCGCUUUGCCGUGUCUGCGGAGGCCGAGGCCACGGUGCGUGAGCAGCGGCCCCCCGUGCAGCGCAUCUUCCGCGUGAGCGUGAGCGUCCUCCCGAAGGACUGUCCCGAGAACCCUCACAUCUGGCUGCAGCUGGAGGGGCCCAAGGAGAACGUCCGCAGGGCCAAGGAAUUCCUCAAGGGUCUCUGCAGUCCAGAGCUGCAGAACGAACUCCACUACCCCCCGGAACUGCACUGCAUCUUCCUGGGAGCCCAGGGCUUCUUCCUUGAGUGUCUGGCCUGGAGCACGGCUGCCCAUCUGAUACCUGGCAUGCCUGGAACACUGAGCGUCAGCGGCCUGACCGAGGCCGUGGUCAUGGCUCAGAGCCGAGUGGAGGGCCUGGUGGAGCGGUUGAGCUGGGACCUUUGGCCGGGGCCACCCCCUGGCACGCCUCAGUGUGCUUCGGUGCUGAGGGACUUCUCUGCACUGAUCGAGUCAAGGGCCGAUGUCCACAGAGAAGCUUUGCUGCAGCUGCCCCUGGCUGUCCAGGAGGAACUGCUGAGCCUGGCUCACGAGGCAUCCCGGGGGCAAGGACCCCGGGCCUCUCCCUCCUGGGAGCUGGGGAGCCCAGAAGUGCUGGGUGCUCAGCCGCUGGGGGUCAGAGCUCUCUGGGAAGCAGGUGGGGAGCCCCUAGAGACUGGGACUCCGGGGCAGCGAGAGGCGGGGGGAGAAGGCUGGGCUGUGGAGGUGUGUGGGAAUCAGAGUGGUCCCUGGGAAGGCGGGACGGGGCUGCAUUGGGAAGAGACCCAGUGGAGGCAAGCGGGCUGCAGACCCCAGUCGGCACAGCCCCUGAAAGGGAAGGCCCUGGGGGAGAAGGGGGCACUUCCGGAGGGGGGAGGGGUCUUUGUCCAGGCCGAGCCCCCUGGUGUCCCGGGGCCCUGUCUGCGGGCAGCUCAGUCCCGGGGAGCCUCCCUCCACCAGCGUCUGCAGAACGGGAAAGCCGCACCUCCCAGAGUGCCCAGCCCCCUGCCGGCCCCCGAGCCUCCGUGGCACACUGCGGACCGAGGGGACCAAGGGGACCGGGGAGACAGGCAGCAGGGUGGGCCUCGAGGUCGGGGAUCGUCCUGGAAAGGUUCGAGAGGGGGCAACUUGGUGACCGGCACUCAGCGUUUCCAAGAGGCUCUGCAGAACCCCUUCACCCUGUGCCUCGCCAACGUGCCCGGCCAGCCAGACCUCCGCCAUAUUGUCAUUGAUGGCAGCAACGUGGCCAUGGUCCAUGGCCUCCAGCACUACUUCUCCAGCCGGGGCAUCGCCAUUGCUGUGCAGUACUUCUGGGACCGGGGCCAUCGGGACAUAACCGUGUUUGUGCCUCAGUGGCGCUUCAGUAAGGACUCCAAAGUCAGAGAGGGACACUUUCUGCAAAAGCUGUACUCCCUCAGCCUGCUCUCUCUCACUCCCUCCCGGGUCGUGGAAGGCAAGAGGAUCUCCUCCUAUGAUGACAGGUUCAUGGUGAAGCUGGCUGAAGAGACGGACGGCAUCAUUGUCUCCAAUGACCAGUUCCGGGACCUGGCGGAGGAGUCUGACAAGUGGAUGGCCAUCAUCAGAGAGCGUUUGCUGCCCUUCACCUUUGUGGGCAAUCUCUUCAUGGUCCCGGAUGACCCGUUAGGGCGAAACGGCCCCACACUGGAGGAUUUUCUGAAGAAGCCAGUCAGGACACCGCAGUCCUCUAAAGCUCAGAAUCCGGCCAGGGGCCUCCCAGAACCUGGCCCGCAGCGGCCGGGGAAAGAAGAGGAAAAAGUCAGCGGCAUCCGGAAGAACCGGGAGACGGAGCGGCUUCGGAGGCAACUGCUCGAGGUGUUUUCGGGCCAAGAUCACAAGGUGGACUUUGUCCUGCAGCGGGAGCCCUACUCCCGGGACAUCAACCAGCUCUCCGAGGCACUGCUCAGUCUGAACUUCUGAGCGCCGCCCGCGCCUGGUCUGCCCCGGGCUGCUCAGACCCACACUGGCCCUGACUUGGUGCUUUGCCUGAGGGGGGGCGCUCCAGUCCCUGAUAAGCACCCUGCCCUGUCCUGGCUCUGGGGCAGUGGUCCUGAAGGCACCUCCCCCACACUGCACAGGAGCAUGCACGUGUGUGGGGUGCCCAAGCCUGGGGCCCUGGCGUCAGGGGCUCCUUAAAGGGACCUGCUGUGGACUUCUCCCUCCUCUCAGGAGGCGCUGCUCAGCAUUAAUUCCCCACCUUGCCUCUGCACAGGGUUUUGGGGGUUUGGGGGUGGGUGGCGCUGGAACUGUAGCAGCAGGCCAGACUGCUGGGGAUUGGGACUGGCUGUUCCCCUGGCUGAGCGGGAUGGAGGCGAGGUGGGCAGUGGAGAAUGGACAGGUGAGGGGGAGUUGACCCUUUCCUCGGCUGCUUCCCAGGCUUAUUAGCCAGGGUCCUGGGAGCAGGACAGGAUGGGAAGGCUUGGGUGCUGUAAGGCUGGUAUCCCAGGCCUGGGGUCGCUGGUGCCGGUGGAGAAGACAGAGUACUUGGCCUCUGGUGUUCGCUCUACCUCCUGUCUGGGACCUUGACUGAACAGCUUGGCCUUUACUUCUGCAUUCAGAUCAGGGGCAUAUUCACCCAUCUGGAGGGGAAACAGGAGCCAGGAGGGAAGAUCCUUGGAGGAGAGGUACUUGGACCAGUCUCAGGUGUGUCUCUCUGUAGCUGCACAGGCUCCCGAGCCCAAUCCUUUCUUCCAGGGAGCCAGGGAGACCCAGUCUCCAGGGCCUGUGCUGAGAACUUCACGCUGCAUCCUCACUAUAACAUGCCCUAUCAUGGCUGCAUAUAUCCUCAGUAGAAUCCUCAGUUUAACAUGCCCUGUCAUGGCUGCGGCCCUUUGGGCCCCCCCACCCUCUCCCCCGACCAGAUCCACAUUUAUGAAAUAGUCAGUUAGGGGUGACUGUUUGCAUUACCAAAAUACUCUCAGGGUUCUUCCGAACGGCAGCUUUCCUGUUGCACUCAUGCGUGUUUACAGAUUAAGGGUCCGAAAGUCCCCACUUAGAUGCGCUUGCUGGAGUGCGUGCUGAGCCCCCGUCAAACCUGCAAGGCCGUGCUCUGUGGUGACGAUGCCAGUGUGACCUAACCCUCGCGUUUCCUCCACUGAACUCCGCUGAUGCAUAAAGUGAGGCCCUCUUCUGUUGUGUGUGUGCAUGUGUGUGAAUGGGGAUGGGACGGUUGAGAGAGGUUGUACCGCAACGAGCCAGUUAUCUAGAAAAAUAAAAACUCAGGCGUAUACAAGUCAUUGGCUGGCUGACCACCAGGCUGUCACCUCAGGACACUGCCUGUGCUCUGACUCCUGCAGGUCCCUCAUCUGCAUGGAGAACUGUGUCGUCCGUCGGGGAACUUGUUAGUGCCUAGCGCACACCCGAGUCACCGGCAGUAUUGGAAGCCCUUCGUUGUACAUAGCCCCUAGUGUGCUUUGACUUCUGUCUUUGGGGCUGUCACUCCCUGAUAGUAAGCCCACAGCCAGCUCACUUCCAGAGGCUGAGCCCUGAGGGAGUGAGAUGAACUGAGCCAGGUGCUGGGGUGCUUCACCCUCUGCAGGCCUUGACGGCUGAGCCCUCAGUAGCACGGGCAGUCAGACAUGGUUGCUCCAACUCCUCGGUCCAGCCGCUGGCACGGCAAGCAGGAGCAGAGGGGCCUUCUCACUGGUGGCUCCACAGUGGGCCAGACUGAGCUUGGGCUGGGGACAGGCCAGUCAAGGAAAGGAUGGA